GGGCUCGCCCCUCACAGAAGAUCGCAGUCCAGCCCCAUAGCGGCCCCCCAGUGGCCCCGGGGUGGCCCCGGCAAGGAGGAUGCCAUGCAGCGACCCCCAGACUGCACUCUCAGGCUGCUCCGGGGGACGCCGCGGCACCGGCUGUGCGCCCUGUUGGUCCUCAUGUUCAAGUUCAUGUCCGUGGUCUCCAUCAUGAUCUACUGGAGGAUCGUGGGUGACUCCAAGUUCAAGAGCCCGUCGUUCAGCCUGCCCCUGGAAGUCAAGUGCCCGCUGACCCCGAGUCCUCCAGACCCCCGGGACCCUCUGGGUGGAAACAUCUUCUUCGUGGAGACCUCGGAAAGGACCAACCCCAACUUCCUCUUCAUGUGCUCGGUGGAGUCGGCCGCCAGAACCCACCCCGAGACCCGGGUCGUGGUCCUCAUGAAGGGCUUGGGUGGUGGCAACGGCUCACUGCCCAAGCACCUGGGCAUCUCCCUGCUGCGCUGCUUCCGCAACGUGGAGCUGCGCCCACUGGACCUGCACGAGCUCUUCACUGGGACGCCUCUGGCUGGCUGGCAUGCCACGGUCCAGGCCCGCUGGGAGCCCUACCUGCUGCCCGUCCUCUCGGAUGCCUGCCGGAUCGCCAUCAUGUGGAAGUUCGGGGGCAUCUAUCUGGACACGGACUUCAUCGUGCUCAGGAGCCUGAAGAACCUGACCAACGUGCUGGGCACACAGUCCGAGUAUGUGCUCAACGGGGCCUUCCUGGCCUUCGAGCGUGGGCACAAGUUCAUCGAGUUGUGCAUGCAGGACUUCGUGGACCACUAUAACGGCUGGGUCUGGGGCCACCAGGGGCCUCAGCUCCUCACCCGCGUCUUCAAAAAGUGGUGCUCGGUACGGAGUCUCCGGGCCCGCCGGAGCUGCCGGGGGGUGCGGGCCCUGCCCCGCGAGGCCUUCUACCCCAUCCGCUGGCAGAACUGGAAGAAGUACUUCCAGGAGAUCGGCCCCUUGGAGUUCCACCGGCUGCUCAAGGACACCUACGCUGUUCAUGUGUGGAACAAAAAGAGCCAGGGCGCGCGCUUCGAGAUCACCUCCAAGGCCCUCCUGGCCCAGCUACACUCACAUUACUGCCCCACCACCUACAGCAUCAUGAAGAUGUAUCUCUGAGGCGGCCCAGCCCACCAGAGCUUCCGGGGACCCUCCGGCCUCCGGGAGGGGUGACCGGCCUAGUACCAUGAGCUCUGUACCGGCUGGAGGUUGAGGUGGAGUCGGGUGGGUACGUGGGGAUGGCAUGUGGGGCAGGGACAUGGGGCCGGCACCUACAAGGGCCGCUCCAGCCCUGGAAGGCAGGAGUGCGUGGGCCGGUGCGUGUCCUCGGAGGGAUGGAGUGGAGGAAAGGGCUCACCGCGAUCAGGGUAGGCACGCGGGCUGGUGAUGGAUGUGGGAGAUGGUGGGCUAGGGAAUGGGGAUGUUGAGGAGAAACUGGCAGAAACAGGGUGGGGGAUGAGAGAGGAGUGGAGGCUGAGAAUGGGUUGGAGAGAAUGGCAUUUUUUUAGUGGCUUGUGGCAGGGGAUUCUGGCUCCCAUAGGCCCCCGUGGCCACUUAAACUCUGUACUCAUUCUCAAGAUUUCUGAGGGCUUUAGCUGAACAUACAGCACUUUGUGAGAGAGACAGAGACAGAGAGGAGGAGCGAGUGAGCAAGCUGGCUUAUGAGAGCCCCUGGAGCUUUUCCUCCACUUCCCAGAA